GGACCUGAAUGGUAAACAAGGGUCACGUGGUCCGGAAGUUGUUGUCAAUGGCGGAGGAGAGAGAAGGAUGAUGCGGCAGGAAUCCAGUGACGAGGCGGAAGAUGUUUCACUUUUUGAUGCUGAUGAUGAAGGACAGAGAAAAUCCAAAAGGAAGAGGAUCCGGCAUCCAGUGGCUUGCUUCUUCCACCUGUUUUUCCGGAUUAGUGCAAUAGUUGUCUACCUUCUUUGUGAAUUUCUGAGCAAUAGCUUCAUUGCCUGCUUUGUGACAAUAAUAUUGCUUCUAUCAUGUGACUUCUGGACUGUAAAAAAUAUCACUGGUAGAUUACUGGUGGGGUUACGCUGGUGGAACCAGGUUGAUGAUGAUGGAAAGAGUCACUGGGUCUUUGAGGCGAAGAAGCCUUCAAGUCAAGGGAAGAGAGUUUCUUCCGAAGCAGAAUCCAAAAUCUUCUGGUUAGGAUUAAUCAUCUGCCCCAUUCUGUGGGUCAUUUUUGUCUUCAGCACAUUCUUUUCCUUUAAGUUGAAAUGGUUGGCUGUGGUUAUCAUGGGUGUUGCGCUUCAAGGAUCAAAUCUCUAUGGUUACAUAAAGUGUAAAAUAGGAAGUGGGAAAAAUCUAACUAGCAUGGCUACCUCCUAUCUGGGCCGCCAGUUUUUCAAGACGGCAAUGAAGAAGGAAAACACAGAAUCUUAAAAGAAGCAUGGAGUUUUGGAAAAGAAGCUUGACAUGUCUUUUGUGUUGUGAAUUUUGGAACUCUUUUUGUUGAAGAUUGGCCUUUUUACAUGUUUUUCCCUCUUUAAUGUUCAAGAACCCAUUUUGGGAAAAUACAAAGAUCAGAUAAAAUUGCAAUCAUCUCAUUAUUUGUAGCUUUUCUUCCUGUCUAUUAAUUAUGAAUUGGAAGUUACUGUUGUCUGUCUUAACUCAGAUUGAUUUAAUUGUGCUCGAGUCUGAAAUGAGCAAAUUUAAUUUUAGAAUAAUUCUGAUUUUGUUUUUCUUGGUAAAUAAACUAUGUCUGGCGGAGGAAUGGGUGAGAGAAGGAGAAAUCUUUAAUAUUCCUUGGAGUGGGGGAGAACUAGCUCAAGUUUUAAACUUUUAUAAUAAACAUCACAAUGAUAUUUUGAUGAGGGAAAUUGUAUUUAGAAAAUGUCCUUUCUAAUAAAAUGAUAGUCUGAGCGAUCUAUGAAGCAUUUGAGCUCUUUAAGGAGAAUGUAUAUACUUAGAGAAUAUCCUUUGUAUGAACAUAAAGCAGCCAGAGGAAAGCAGUUUCCAAUUUAUAAUGUUAUAGCAAUAAAUUCAUGUUUAAAUGCAUGACAUGUAAUACA